AUGGCGGCCUCGAAGCCAGAGCUGCUGCCGGUGUACCUGAACGUGUACAACGUUUCCAACUAUGAAUCGGUCAAGGUGCUUAACGCAGUGUUUGCCCACCUGUGGGCACCAGUGAAAUUUGGUGGAGUAUUUCACGUUGGAGUUCAGAUUGGCGACAUCGAGUGGUCGUACGGCAAGACUCUGACAGCAAGUCGGCCAGGGGUGAUUGGCUUGCCACCCCUAAGCGACACCAAGCACAGUUUCCGUGAAUCCAUCUUUAUGGGCCACACGGAGAAGUCAUUAGAGGCGAUCAACGCAAUCGUCCGAGACUUGGUCGAGGACUUCCCAGGGUACCAAUAUGACGUGUUCCGCAAAAACUGCAACCACUUUGCGGACAGCUUGUGUCACCGUUUGCAGGUCUCAAGGAUGCCCGAGCACAUCAACCGAUUUGCCCGCAUUGGGGCUUGUGCCGAGAACUUUGUCAAAGACAACUUCGGCGACUUUAAGCACAGCUCCUGGGCACACAUGGUGCCCAGCUCCCUGGCCUCUUACGUUGGAGGCAGCGAGAAGGCACCAGCCUGCGAGAAGUACGGUCAUGGUCGUUACAUGGUGCCGAAGAAGCUCGUCAAGAAAACGUUCGGCGUCCCUGGCGCGGUGCGAGUUACAGCCAACAUGGAAGUGGCACCCCUUUGA